CUCACUAUAUCCUUCUUGGUACUUGGAUAAUGGCUGCUAGGUGAGAUGAGCGGAUGGGCCGCAUCGUUUGAGUGUGAGGCGCUUCCAUCGAAAGGACCGUUAACUCGGGCGGUGCCGAGUUAAGAUGGUCGAUAUCCGACCCGAAAAGCAUCCCGAAACCGUUGUACAUAUUUCGAACAUCGUCCUUCAAGUUGCACCCACUGUAAACAUCCCAUCUUAGUGGCCAGUUCUGCCUGCCGAUCAGAGGUUAAGCUGAGGCCAUGGCAGUGAAGGACCGCGUUGAGGCGGUGCUCAAUGUGGGACUGCGUGUUCCCAGCAUCAUGCUGCUGGAUGUCCUCUACCGCUGGGAUGUCAGCUCCUUCUUCCAGAAGAUCCAGCGUUCCAGCCUCUCCAACAAUCCCCUGUUCCAGUACAAAUACCUGGCUCUUUACCUGCACUACGUAGGUUACAUCCUGAGCUUGGUGCUCCUGACUCUGCCUCGCCAGCACCUGGUUAAACUCUACCUGUACGUCCUUACGGCCCUGCUGCUGUUUGCUGGUCACCAAGUCUCAAGGGACUACGUCCGCAGUGAACUUGAGUCUGGCUAUGAAGGACCGGUCUACCUGGAACCUCUCUCCAUGAACAGAUUCACCACGGCACUCAUAGGUCAGCUGGUGGUGUGUACGCUUUGUUCCUGUGUGAUGCAGACCAAGAGGAUUUGGCUUUUCUCUGCUCACCUUCUCCCUUUGGUGGCCAGACUGUGUCUGGUUCCACUGGAGACCAUUGUCUUCAUCAAUAAGUUCUCCAUGAUCUUCACUGGCCUGGAGGUCAUUUACUUCCUGGCUUCUAACUUACUGGUACCAUAUAACCUGGCUAAGACGGCCUACAGGGAGCUGGCUCAGGUGGUGGAGGUGUAUGGGCUGCUAGCUUUGGGCAUGUCUCUAUGGAACCAACUGGUCCUUCCUGUUCUCUUCAUGUGUUUCUGGCUGCUGCUUUUUGCUCUGCAGAUCUACUCCUACUUCAGCACCAGAGACCAGCCUACCUCAAGGGAGAGGCUCCUUUUCCUCUUUCUUACCAGUAUUGCAGAAUGCUGUAGUACACCGUACUCCCUGCUGGGUCUGGUUUUUACUGUCUCCUUUAUCGCUCUGGGGGUCCUCACCCUCUGCAAGUUCUACCUGCAAGGCUACAGAGCCUUUAUGAAUGACAACACCAUGCACAGGGGGAUGACGGAAGGCAUCACCCUGCUGAUCCUUGCUGUCCAGACUGGCCUCAUCGAGCUGCAGGUCAUCCACCGAGCCUUCCUCCUCUCCAUCAUCCUCUUCAUUGUUGUUGCUUCCAUCCUGCAGUCCAUGUUGGAGAUAGCAGACCCCAUAGUCCUGGCUCUGGGAGCAUCCAGAGACAAGAGUUUGUGGAAGCACUUCCGAGCGGUGUCUCUGUGUCUGUUCCUGCUGAUCUUUCCAGCCUACAUGGCCUAUAUGAUCUGUCAGUUCUUCCACAUGGACUUUUGGCUUCUCAUCAUCAUCUCCUCGUCCAUCCUCACCUCACUGCAGGUUCUUGGCACUCUUCUGAUCUACGUUCUCUUCAUGGUGGAGGAGUUUCGUAAGGCUCCAGUAGAGAACAUGGAUGAAGUUAUCUACUGUGUCAAUGGGACUUAUCGAUUGCUGGAAUUCCUGGUUGCAGUGUGUGUGGUGUGCUAUGGCGUGUCGGAGACAGUGUUCGGGGAGUGGAGUGUGAUGGGAAGCACCAUCAUCCUGGUCCACUCGUACUACAACGUCUGGCUCAGAGCCCAGCUGGGCUGGCAGAGCUUCCUGCUCAGGAGAGAUGCUGUAAACAAGAUCAAAAGCCUCCCCACAGCCAGCAACACACAGCUGGAACAGUACAACGACAUCUGUGCCAUCUGCUACCAGGACAUGAACACAGCUGUGAUAACUCCAUGCAGUCAUUUCUUCCACGCUGGCUGUCUGAAGAAAUGGCUCUAUGUCCAGGAGACCUGUCCUCUUUGCCACUCGCAACUCAAGAGCCAAUCAACAGCUGCUAGCGUCCCCAACCAAGACGCCCCUGCAGCCAAUCAGAGCCCUGCAGGGCAGGAAGAAGCUGCAGCCAAGAAUAAGGAGAACGAUGGCGCUCUUCCAGAUGAUGGGAGGGAGGAGGAAAGAGGAGAGCAGGAACGAGGAAAAGGACCUGACAUGCCAGCUGGAGAAACGUCUUCCUCUUCAUCUGGUGUGCCCACUGCUCCCCAGCACCUUGUCAAGACUCAAAUAGCUUCUUCUUCUCCUUCUUCCCUACUCAUGACUGAUUCUUUACAGAACCAGUCGCCCACAGAUCACCCCUCUUCGUCUUCCUCCUCUUCCUCUGACACGUUGGACACACCCCCCUCUCCAUCUUUCUCUCACACCUCCAUCCCUUGCAUCUCUCACCACUCGUCCUCACAGCAACAGGCCCAGGCAGAGAUAACCCCUGCUGAACCUGAGUUUAAUCCAGCCUCCCCAGCGGACAGCCAGGAGUCAUCUUCUGUUCCAUCAUCACAGCCUGACCAGCCCACUUACCCCUCUGAGGAACAGUCUCCUCCUCUGCACAGCCUCUGAACCCCUUCGUAACACACAGAACAUACAUGCAUGCACAUAUAAACACAACAUUUAAAUACUCCAUCUGCCUAUAUUCUAGCAGUUGGCCAUCAUGUCAUAAAUUCAACUCCAAACCCCUUCAUAUCCAUUUUGAGAGAAAAAAUCUAGAACAAUCUCUAAGCAGAUAUUCAUCACUCAGCAUUAAGAAAAAUUACAGAUGAUUCCAAUGUCACAAUAUGUUGCCAUUUUAAGGCAAUUCUCUUGGAACAGUUAAUCUAAAUGUGUCUGAGUUUGACUCAUGCCAGCAAUGAUUUCAUCACAGUGGGCAUAACUUUUCUCAUGUUGUUUUUUUUUUUUUUUUUUUUUUUUUUUUUUUUUUUUUCUUUCUUUUUUGGGGCUGGGGGUUUAAACUCAAUGCAAAAAGGUGAAAGCAGUAAUCUCAUCUCAAAAACAACUGGGAGGUCUAUAUCAUGUCCACGAAAUGUGAAAUCCCGAAUGAAACUGAACAUUUAUUUUUGCUCUUUCCCAGAUUUUUACAUUGCUAUGACACACACAUUGACGUUUCUAAAAAAAAAAAACAAAAAAAACAUGCUUUGUCCUUCUCAUUUCAAUCCCAGACUUUUCAUGUGAUGGUUGCUCCCACAUCCUGCCUUUUGUUUGUGCAGAUUCACUCUCAUUGCUCUACAUGUCAUAGUGUUUGGGUUUUUCGCUGUAGUCCUGUAUGUGCCAUGAUCUCAUGAGGAAUGGGUCAGAGGUUUGGAGAGCCUUGAUAGACUAUCGAUAAGUGAUGGUUGCAUUUUAAACAGUGACAAAGUCUUAACAUUUCAUAAAGUCUACAGAUUUCUCCAUCAGUUUUGAUAAAGAGUUUUGGUUUUCACUGUUGGAUGACAGGAGUUAUUUGUAUUAAUGAAUACUAAGCACUAACAGACUGAAUGUUGUUUCUUGAGGCCAUCACAUGACCUGAAGCCUGGUGCUAAGCAGAGGAUACAUGGUGGGGUCUAGUCAAGUGUUGCAGUGUGAACAAAUCAAUGGGUUCACAUGGAGUAAGUCUAAUUCAUUUCACGUGUCAAUCUUUCUCUAUUAUACUGCUUCAAUAUUUGAAUCGAACUUGUUUGGCUGGUCCCAGCAAAAACAGUUGUACUCCUCAUCGCCAAACUUUUGUAUUAUUGUUGAAGAGAUGUUAUUUUUAAGGUAAUUUUUACAUUAUUGCUCUAUUGGAUAGCAUGCAGUGCAAAUGGACUGAAAACAGGGGAGGGGAAAGACAGAGGAGGUAGAUAAAAUGUAACAGAGGCCACAGUUUGUAUUUGAACCGGCAGCAUUGUGAAAAUGUGGAGUGUAACUUUGCCCACUGAGCCGGCGAGGAGCCCGAACUUAUAUUUGUCGUUGGCCUCACUUCAUUCAUGGUACUCAUCCGCGCUCUUUCUCCCCGCUGAACCAGUCCAUCCCAAGUUUGCCUUGGGUCCUGCAAUUGUUGAGGCUCUUUCACAGCAGGAGCCAAUCACCUCGCUCCAUCCAAUCACACCUAAGCACCCUGCUGUGUUUUCUAAGACCAUCAUUAUCCUGCUGCUCAGUCACUUCACUCCAUGAAAUGUUACUACCAGCAAAUUGAGCCGUUUGAUAGCUUUGCUUUUUGUUUUUUUUUUUUUUCCACACAUGCUAGCACGCAUGCACACACACACUCACACACUCAGUCAGCGCCUGUGUUUAGCAAAUGGGACAGGCUGGUGAGAAGUGUGUGUGUGUGUGUGUGUGUGUGUGUUGAAAAGUCUGAGUGUUUAAAUGAAAGACUAAAUCUUCAGAAUGCUAAGUCCUGAUGCACGCUUAUAUGUAGAGCUUGCACGCUGCCACUGUUACCAUAGCAUUUGUUUGUUGUCCCCAAUGUGUUCUAACCUUGCUACCAAUGUAUUUCUGCCAUUUCUUUCUUUUCUUUGAGUUGCAUUUGCACUAAUGUCAUUUAUACUAGCAAUGCUCCAAAGCUGUUCUGUGGCUGUCAGCAACCAAAUACCCUCUGAUGUGUUUGUGGUACAAGGAAACAGCCCAAUCUGUUUGUGUGUAAUGUAUAUAAAUGUUGCUCUGUAUGGCAUCUAUAUUAAACCAGAGGAGUGUUGUUAUAUAAACAAGAUCAGGGCUUGAGUUUUCCAAAGCUUCCCAGCGGUUCAGUGUUCUUUGUUUCUUUACUUGCCUGUGAACAGAGACAAAACCUCUGGCUAAGAAGCUUUUGAGAAAUCAAGCCCUCUGAUCUGUGAGACCAGCCAGUGUUGCUGCUUCUCCGGUCUGUAUGACGCGUCCCCAAGCUGGUGUGAUCACUCCAGUGCCCUCUACUGUUAGGAGUGGGAUCAGCAUGGCGCAGAUGGACAGGAGAUGCACUAGUUAACCCUCAACAGUAUUACUUAAUACCACUAUUACUAAAGGUCUUAUACUAUGAAUGACUUUAUUCUUGACAUUGGGAAGCAUUGGCUGUGGGGCUGAGAAUGAAUACAUGAUCAAUGUAGGAUCAAACCUGGCCAAUGCUGUUUAACUGUUUGUGUUUUUUUUUUUUUUUUUUUUUUUUAAAGAGAUGAAAUGUAGAGUUUGAUGUAUUUUGCACAUGUUCCUCUGAAAGGUGAACAUUAGGACUUUCUGUAUUCUUGAACGACUUCAUAUUUUUAUUAUUAGCUCCAUUCCUUAGACUUUGAUUUAAACAAAGCACUUGAAAUGGUUACAAAGAUUUGAACUGCUUCAUACACAUUUGGGUUUCAUGGUGGAGUGUUUGAAUGGUAUCGUGCAGAGAGGUUACCUGCAGGAUAAAAUGUCAAAUGCUCCACAUGCGGAUGUCAUUGGCAACUGUACGUGGAUUUGCAUUGCUGUAGUAAGUGAUAAAUAACUGGCAGAGAAGCCUGUCAGCUGUUGAUUCCACAUGUAUUUGCUAAGUUUAUACUCCAUGUUGGAGACAUUGCAGUUGUUGCAGUCUCUCUCCAGCCUCUGAACUGUGACUUUUUUCUUUCUUUCUUUUUUUUUUCAUAAAUACUGUCUGGGACAGUUUCACAUCAAAUGUUUUACAAUAAUCUAAACUCAGUAUCUAAUAUUUGAUUAUAUAACCUAUCCAUUUGAUACCUAGAGAAAUCUUAUGGACACUCAGUAUUUUAUUUUGAAUCUUUAAAUGCAUUAUUUGCAUUCCAGCACAUCUCUGAGAUUUCAGCUGUGGGACUGACUACAUGUAAAAUGCAUCAGUGCCUGUUUAGGCUAUUUGUCUGUGAGCUUAAGUGCCAAACAAAUGCAUCAAGCCUUCACUGCUGCUCCUCACGCUGAGCAACAUCAAUUUUGCAUUUUCCCCCUCCACCCUGUCCGGAGCUUUUUUUUUUUUUUUUUUUUCUUUUUUUUUCUUAUUGACUUGCAAGUUGCCAGUGUGUCCUCAGCAUCCUAAUAUUUGUCAUACUGAAAUGUUACUACUACCAGACAUGUAGUUUAAUUUGACAUUUUUUUCCACUGAAAUUGCUGGAGAUGAAUACAUAUGAUCAGUGGGAUUGUUAAAGUCCCUGAAAUCCAGAUGUUUCUGAGACUCAAUUUACUACAGUGCUUUGCAAAAUCAUAACUAUUAUGUUGGACAUGUAAGCAAAUAUGGAAAUGGAAUCUAUAGCUGCCAUGUAGUGCUCUGACCACAUGUUUAUUUUCUGAUGCGUUUUAGAAAAGGAAACAGUUAGCACUGCUGUCCGGUACUGUCGCCUCUGGCUGACAGAUGUGUUGAGAUUUACCUCAAAAGAGCCUGAUUAUGUUCUGGGCUGCUCAUACUGAGACUCCCUACAGAAUUUAGAUUCUCUUUUUAUUUUUAUUUUGUCUGAUAAGUUUUUCCACACAGAUUUAGGACCUUGCUCUGUAAAACCUGACUCUGAAUGCCAGUUGUAUUCUGUUAACCUUCUCCACGGUUGGUUUUGGAUUCUAUGCCUGGCAUUGCCUUGGUUAUUUUACAAAAAUUGAAUGUCAGAAAUAAAAUGAACCAUCCACUCUA